AUGGCAAAAGAUAAAAAAAAUAAUAAUGUCAGUCAAGAUGAAGAUGCUAUGGAUACAAGUAUAGCUAUUGCCGGCGAAAAUGGAUCACACGAUACUGAAAAUUCUGGUCCAAGUUAUGAAGAUAAAUUUAAAUAUAUGAAUGCAAUGGCAUCGCCUAUUGCACCGAAAAAAUUGGCAAAAAAACUAUUCAAAUGUGUUAAACAAGCGGCUAAACAAAAAAAUUAUAUCCGUUUAGGUUUACGUGAAACACAAAAAUAUAUUCGCCGUGGCGAACGAGGUCUUGUAGUAUUUGCUGGCAAUGUAUCACCCAUUGAUAUUUACAGUCAUAUGCCUGUUGUUUGUGAAGAAGCAAAUAUUCCGUAUGUAUUUGUACCAUCAAAAGAAGAUUUAGGAAGUAUAAUUCGUGCUAAUCGAACAUGUUGUUUGUUAAUGAUUCGUCCGCAUCCGGAAUACAAAGAAUUAUACGAUGAAAUUAUUGAAAAGAUCAAUAAACUUGAACCUUUCCGUGGUCAAACUGAUUAA